AUGGCGAGGUUAGAUAGUUUUUUUAGCACGCACAUUGACUCCAUAAAGAAACAAGAGAGUGGAGCUGCGAUACAGAGCGAUAUAAGUAUCAAAUUCAUUAUAAAUAUGAUCCAGAUAGACACCGCGAGUGGUCCAGCGUUACCAGAGGUCGCCCCCAAAAACAUUAGGAAGCUAGCUGACGUAAGAAGUAGAGAUGAGAGUCCUAUAGUCAGCAGCACACACUUCUUAACUGAAUCAUCGACUGGAACUGUAUUCGAUUUAAAGAAGAACGCAGUUAUCGUCUGUUCCACAAGACCGUAUAGGAUUAUACCAGCCAGGCCUAACAAUCCCAAACCGAGACCGAACAAUGAUAUCAGAUAUGUGGCAAUGCAAGUUCUUUUACUGUUGACGAUUUACGCGACGAGCACAGUUUCAACACCAGUUGAUUAUCCCAUUAAGAUCGAUCUUCCAGUGUACAAGGAACCAGGGUAUCAAGCAACGUCUGAUGUCCACCUUGCAGCACCUUUACUGCCUGAGAACCAUCCUGGUGUGGACACGGUGUCAAAUAAAGUUGGACCUCUGUCCCAUAAGUAUGAUGCCGCAAAAAGUCUACUCGAUUACAAAACUAAGUUAGGAUACGGAACGAAAGUUGAAGGCGCUCUUUUAGAAUCAGAAGGGUUCGGAAGCAAAGCGCUGACCACGAAGGAGAAUGUUCAACACGUUGCAGCAGGAUUCCUUCAGCCCAAACCCAUAGUUGACACGAUAAGAGAGGAGGAGAAAUAUGGAAACGAUGGUGAUAAAUUCUACAGCGCCGGUCGCGCCAUAGUCGGAGGGGCGGAAGGAUUUGCUAAUUUCAUUAACUCUUUAUUAGGGGUCCCAGGAACAAUAUUCAAUUCGAUAACCCGAGCAGCUUCGGAAAAACUGAACAACUUAGGUGGAAAAAUUGUUGGUCUAUAA